UGAUGCGCGGAACGUCAAAGUCCAUCCGACUCUCACUGCACUUUCGGCCGUUAUCGCUCCCGCCAGCCGAUUACGCGCGCCCGCGAGACCAAAGUUCCGAACCCGCGGCGGUGGCCUGUUCCGCGCCGCCGACCGGUCAUCGUACCACUCGGUCGCCGCAGGUCGCGCGGUCUCCGUCACGGUUAUCGCACGAUAUAACGGCGCAAGUGUAACGCGUAUAGACUUUGCGCGCAGUCGAUGUGGUGCCGUAUACGACAACACGCGAUAAUACAUUAAAACAAUCCGAUAUCGUCGCUCGAACGUAUUUCAUAAUGUUUUGACUCGUUUCUCGUUCGAUCGCGAUAUACCGUGUCCACCGUAUUAUUAGUACGAAUUGUUCGAGUCCAUCUGCACCGUCGUACAUAUAUCGCGCUCGCGAUAUGGCCGUGUUGGCCGGAGGCCGAGACAACGUGGUGUCCAUAUCGGCGGCCGAGUCGCUGAAAAUGUUGGCCUUUUCCGUGGUCUGGGGCUCGUGGGUCGUCGUCAGGAACGCGGCCGCCAGGACCGUCGGCCCGCUGUGGUCCAACUGCGGCGGCGGCGGCAACGGAAGCGGAAGCGGAGGCCGCGGUGACGGCCGCGAUGACGGCGACGACAGAGAAACCGGCGCCGCGGACGACGACGCCGCGGCCACUGCUACCGGCGCCGUGGCCACUUAUUCCGGUGGCAAAUCCGUCCGCCGGGCGGCGCUCAGGGACCGUCCGCCGCCGUGUCUGUCCACCACGGUUUACGGUACCCACUCGUACGUCAAAGUCAAGGGCGUGAAAUUUCAUUACGUCGAAUGCGGCGACCCCAAAGAUAUGAUUGUUCUUUUACUACACGGAUUUCCAUCAUGUUGGAUUAGUUGGCAUCAUCAAAUCCCCACUUUGUCGAAACAUUUUCGUGUGAUUGCUGUAGACCUAAAAGGUUUUGGCGACUCUGAUAAACCAUCAGCACGUAAAAGUUAUCGAGUAGAAAAUCUUGUCAACGAGCUGGCUGUGUUUUUGUCUAUGCUAGGAGUGGACGACAGUAAUAAAUGUCACGUGAUCGGCCAUGACUUAGGCGCUCUACUAGGUUGGUAUUUGGUACAUCUGUGGCCAAACUGUAUCUCAAAAUUUGUAGCUAUUUCAUGUCCACAUCCUAAUGUUCACUGGGAGUAUUUACCUCCGUCAAGUUUCUUUAACAAAAACUGGAUUUGCUUCAGUCAACUUCCUUAUUUACCAGAAAUGGAUGCUUUGCAAAGUGAUCUCAAAAUAAUCAAUCAGUGUUAUCAACACCUAUCUAAAACUAAUCAAAGUGAUGACUUAUCCUACAUCGAUGCAUAUAAAUAUACAUUUUCAAGAACAGAGGAUUGGACUGGUGCAAUAAAUUAUUUUAGAAACUUACCGUUCUACAGAAUCGAGCCUCGGAAUAGCAACGAUUCUUUAAAUAAAGAAGAAGACAUGCUACAAGUUCCAUGUUUGCUCAUCACUGGUAGUAAAGAUGUAAGUGUAAAAAUGGAGAGUUUUAUCAAGUCUACAGAGUUUCUUAAAACAUCUACUGUGAGAAUAAUCGAUAACGCAUCGCACUUUCCCCAUCAAGAGCAACCUAAAUUAGUCAAUGAUUUAUUGACAUCAUAUUUAGUUCGUGUAAAAGUAGUUCAAAAAGAGCUUCCACGACAGAACUCUAGUGGAAUAGUUGGACGAAUGAAAGAUAUCGUUUCGUCUACAGUUCAAUAUGGAAAUACGUUGAAAGAUUCAGUGCAAAAGAGAAACAUUUUACCAACCACAGUUAAGACAUCAUGGCAGAACUAAUUUUCUUGCAUUUCAAAACAACAAUGUCCAUAUUGUUGCGAUGUAAAUGUAUUUAUUGUAUUACAAUAAUAAUAACAAUAAGAGCAAUUCUAUUAUGUAUUAUAUUUAUUAAAACUACCUAUUGUUUACGAAUAAAAUAAUUUAAAAAUUUUUUUAACUGGUUGAUGCAGUGUACAUAACGCGUAUUAUGCAUUUACCUAUACCUAUACUAUAAUUAUUAUGGGCGAAAAAUCGUUCAUAUACAUCACGUGUAUAUCUAGGAUGUUAAUUAAUUUUAUCUAUAGUGCUAAUAUUAUUAAUUAUUAAUAAGCUAAAUAGUAAAUUUAAAGUAAUAUAAAUUAUAAUAUAAUCGUAUGUAACCUGACUAAGCUUCAAAGGUUUAUUGUAAGUUAUAUGUGUAGAAUGAACAAAUUUUUUUUAUAUAGUUAAUUUUGUUAUGAAACCUGUAAUUUUUUUUUAUUAAUAUCAUAAUAUACCUUCUUAUAAAUGUUAUUGUAUACUGCAGUCUAUUAUGUUAUCAUUAUUAUAAUAGCAUUUUAAUUCAUCAUUAGACAUCUAACGAAUUUACUAUUUUACUGUAUUAUAGUGAAGGAAGUAUUGCUAAUAAGUAAUAAUAAUUAAUAUGCUGUAUGAAUCAAAUUACGCAUGGUCGCGUGAACGGACUUACCUGCAGUACUUUCAAUUAUGUUUCGUUUUGUACUUCAAAAACACUCAAAACACUGUCGAUAUUUUAAGUCUAACAAUACAUGUAUAUAAUUAUAUGUAAAUAUGAACGUAGACGUGUAUAGGUGCUUAAAUAAUAUUAAACACGUCAUAUUAGUUCUAAACAAAUCAACUAAAUUUCUGUUGAAAUAAGUUUUUUAUUGUUUUAAAAAUUUAUAAUUUUAUAAUAAAGUAGUAUCACACACACGUACACACACACACACACACACACACACACACACACACACACACACACACACACACACACACACACACACACACACACACACACACACA